GCAGUGUUUUCAUCAUUGUAAAGUAUGUCCUUUUGUUUAUAGUGGCCACAGUCUGCGCUGCGCCGCCGUGCGUUAAAUUCUAACCAGCAUUACUAAAAAUAGCCCCUGUUGACGUCACUCGACCAAACGUGUAGCUGUAGCUCGGGGGGUGAAUGGGUGGGAAAGAAGUUUUUUUGUUUUUUUUCCUUCAUUUUUGCGGUUGUGCACCGCUGCAGACAGCCAAUAGAAUCAGCUGCUUUCACACGACUCGGAUGCUGCAAGCCAAUGGAGGAGAGAAACGGGAGAAUGGGAGCGGUAGGUCUUGGGGAGGAAAGCCAGUGACGCUCCCCUUGGUUGGCUUGGAGGGAGGCGGGAUGUCGCCGUUGUUGAUGGACUUCCGUGGCCCAAUCAGGGUACUGCGCUUGUUGGUGCCCGUGAGAUGCAGCCAAUUCGUGCACUUGUCUCGGCGUUAAUCAGCUGUGGGUCCGGAGAGUGGGCAGGAGGCUGUGGACUGUAGUUCCGUCAUCUUUCGAGGCUACGGGGGACCGAUGUUUUAUUUCGGCAAAUCUCCAUCCUUAUUCAACCUCACAGGGACAGUGUGUUUGGCUUGAUUUGGUUUAAACCGCGGCAUCCAUAGAAGAGGCGAUUGCCCAUCAGCGCUGCCGCGGGUUGGGGGCUGGGGAGAGGUGGGGAGCAGGAGCAGAGAAGACGGCUCCUCUGUGCUGGGCGAGCUGCUCUGUCCUGAGAUAGACGAGGGCACUACGAUACCCUCCAAAGGAUUUGGGUCCGCUCCAUCCCCGUCUGGCGGCGGCAGAGCAUCGGCAGCUGUCUCCUUAUUUUCACAGCACCGCGUUGGAGCCGUCCACUACAACUGGAUCUAAGGAGCACCCUGCACUGCCACAGAUCGGCUUGGAGGGGCCACAGAUCGGCUUGGAGGGGCUGCAGCGCGGCCGUCAAGCCUCGGUCCGCCUGUUGACUACUUGUCAUCAUGGGCAACACGCCCACGGCCAGGAAGGGCAGCGAGAUGGAAAGCGUGAAGGAAUUUCUUGCAAAAGCCAAAGAGGAUUUCCUCAAGAAGUGGGAGAACCCAGCACAGAAUACUGCAUGCCUGGAGCAGUUUGAGCGGUUGAAAACACUGGGCACUGGCUCAUUUGGUCGUGUGAUGCUGGUACGGCACCGUGAAACUGGACAACAUUAUGCCAUGAAGAUCCUCAACAAGCAGAAGGUUGUGAAACUCAAGCAGAUUGAGCACACACUGAAUGAGAAGAGAAUCCUACAGGCCGUCAGCUUUCCGUUCCUUGUGCGCUUGGAAUACUCCUUCAAGGACAACACUAACCUUUACAUGGUGAUGGAGUAUGUUCCGGGCGGAGAGAUGUUCUCCCAUUUACGGCGAAUCGGCAGAUUUAGUGAGCCUCAUGCCCGGUUCUACGCGGCUCAGAUCGUUUUGACCUUUGAAUACUUGCACGCUCUGGAUCUAAUAUACAGAGACCUGAAACCCGAAAACCUGCUCAUUGACCAACAAGGCUAUAUACAGGUGACAGAUUUUGGCUUUGCUAAACGUGUAAAGGGCCGGACAUGGACCCUGUGUGGUACUCCUGAAUAUUUAGCUCCAGAGAUUAUUCUGAGCAAGGGAUAUAACAAAGCCGUGGACUGGUGGGCGCUCGGGGUCUUGGUUUAUGAAAUGGCGGCUGGGUACCCCCCUUUCUUUGCUGACCAGCCCAUUCAAAUAUAUGAAAAGAUUGUAUCUGGAAAGGUGCGUUUCCCCUCUCAUUUUAGUUCAGACCUUAAGGAUUUACUGAGGAACCUAUUACAGGUGGAUCUCACAAAACGCUAUGGAAACCUGAAAAAUGGGGUCAAUGACAUUAAAGGACACAAGUGGUUUGCGACCACUGACUGGAUCGCCAUCUACCAGAAAAGGGUCGAAGCUCCCUUUGUUCCCAAGUUUAAAGGACCUGGCGACACCAGCAACUUUGACGACUAUGAAGAGGAGGAGAUCCGUGUGUCCUUCACAGAGAAAUGUGGCAAGGAGUUUGCCGAGUUCUAGAGUUUGAGGAGAGAUAAAGAAGGAAAGGCAGAGUCCCAGGUACAGCAGGCUGGUCAGGUGGAAGACUUGAGGAGAAUGCUCCUUCUCCGAUCCACGCAGCACCAGCUUCAAACGGACCAUUGGUCAUAGAGAAGGCAAAGCAGCCAGGAGACUGAUAACCAGCAGUAAUAGCUUUUCUGUUCAGCUUUGGUCGUCCAUUUUGGUUUUUAUUCUGGUUUAUUUAUGGAUCCCUUUAUUAUGAAGAUUAGAUUUGUGGAAUUUGGCAAGCUCUCUUAUUUAGAGAAUCCUCCACACACUUGCAACACUUUUCAAGAUCUUCCAUUUCCUCUUCCUGUCUGCAUUACAUAGAGAGAAGCUUGGUUAUGACUGGAGAAUGGUGUUUGCAUUUACACUGGAAGAUCUGUUUCCAUGAGCCACUGCUACCUUGAGCAAUCACUGGUCACAUUCAGUCCUUCUUUCGCUGAGAAGAUGAUUUUUGUGCAGAAUCUUUAAAUUGUGGAAUAAAGUCAGAUUUUUUUUACCAUAUCAUCUGUCAUCACUCGCAUAGACAUUAUGCAUAACCCCAUUUUGUACUGUAAGAACAGUAGAUCCAGUGAUGUUGUGUUCAAGUGGAAAUGGAGUCUACCAUCACACGAAGGUCUCUCAGGUCUGAUCAGAUAGUUUU